AUUACGUCAUGAUCUUGCGCCAUUAUUAUUUUGGGAGUUCCGAGUCAGACUUUGACACGUCUUGCCUCAGUUUCUACUGAAAAUUCUCGUCUUUUCUACAACGGCAUACCACCAGCGAUGGACGACGACGUCCUCACAACGUUGAAGAUUUUGAUAAUUGGUGAAAGCGGCGUAGGAAAAUCCAGUUUGUUGCUGAGGUUCACAGACGACACAUUUGAUCCUGAGAUAGCGGCAACAAUAGGUGUUGACUUCAAAGUGAAAACCCUUACAGUAGAUGGAAACAAGGCAAAAUUAGCAAUCUGGGACACGGCUGGCCAAGAAAGGUUCCGCACACUCACACCAAGCUACUACAGAGGGGCCCAGGGGGUUAUUCUAGUUUAUGAUGUCAGCAGUAGAAACUCCUUCAACAGACUGGAACAGUGGCUGAGCGAACUGGAAACAUUCUCCACCAAACAAGACAUUGUCAAGAUGUUAGUCGGAAACAAAAUAGACAAGGAUAAGAAAGAAGUUGACAGGAACGAGGGACUGAAGUUUGCCAGGAAACACCAGAUGCUGUUUAUCGAGGCCAGCGCCAAGACGAGAGAAGGCGUCCAGUGCGCCUUUGAGGAACUGGUGGAAAAAAUCAUCCAGACGCCGGGACUCUGGGAGAGCGACUCCCAACCUAAAGGCGUGUCGUUGACUGAUACAGGGUCUGCUGCUGUUAACAGUUGUGCCGGUUACUGUUCACUUGUGUAGACUUGUACAGGGGUAUAGCCUCUACCAGGCUCCCCGGGUUGCUGGAAAAAUAGUAGAAAUCGGCCAAAUAGACACAAAACACACCAGAAGACCUUAGGGAGCAAACUUUACUCCUCAACCAACCAACUCCUCUGGUGUGUUUGUGUCUAUUUAGCCAAUUUCUACUAUGUUUCCAGCAACCUGAGGAGCCAGGUAGAGGCUAAAGGGUGUAGUACUGGGGGUAGGGCGAGGGUUAGCUUCUCAAAAGAGCUACACAGCUCUGUUAGACAGAUAGUAAAUGUUAUAACAGAUGUAUGUUUAGAAAUUUUUUUGCUUGAGUACAUUACUAUGUAAAUUUGAACAUUUAAUAUUUGUUUAGCACUGCCCAAAGGAAUACAGCGAAAUCAUGACUGUUAAGGAAUUUGUCAUAUUGAGGAAGAAUAUGGUGGCAUCAAUGAGUUAUAACUAUAAUACUUCCAGUAAAAGUUUGAAACAGAAACUCUGUUUAACAAACAUUUGUUUAACUUUAUUGUAGAAAGGUUUGCUAUUUAACUUUGUGCACUAGCAAUGUCCAUGUACUAACCACUUGAAUUGGGGGUACAAAAUGUUAACUUCUGUUUGAGGCUACAUCUGCAUAUUAUAUUGUAUUUGAGGUUAGGGUUACGUAGAAUCUUAUAGAGCAACUGUACAUCUGCAUCGUCCUUAGAUGUGUAUUAUGUAAAGCAUACAUACACACACAAGGAAUGGAUGUUAAAAGAAACAUUUUCUUCCAUCUCAAUGAACUGCUGAUCUAAUACACUUUGGUUGUAACUUAGAAAUACUGUCUGUCAUAUUUGAUUUACCUAGAAUUAGUAGAAAAAUUCCCAACAGCAUUGAAGCUAGUACCUUGUGUGCAAGACUGGUACAUAUUUUUAAAAUUCUUCUCCAAAAACUAGGGGAUACUCCUAGUAGCUCAAGGGUAUUGCACUCAACACAACCUGAGCUGUUGUUUGCGUAGAUUUAGCAUAGAAAAAUUACGUGUUAAGAGGCCAAACUAUUUGGAAGGGACCAAGAUUAGUGGAAGACAUCAAAAUACAGUGCAAACAGAAGUACAAAGUGAUACGAUAUGAAAUGGUAUGUUAUUAACUAUCCGUAUGUGAUAUAGCAUUUGAAAUGUUACCUAUUUGUUAAACCUAUGAAUAAACACAGGUGGAGACUACAAAAGAUCUUCUGCUGUUGGAUAGUGUGUUUUUAAGGCUUUCAAUGUUUGUUGUUGCAAUAUUCCCAAAGCCUGUUAGUUGACCAAUCCAAAGGUUGAAUACUAAGUCUUUCGAGUGUUGUGGUGUUUAGCAGACUACCUGUGGUGCAUAGCAACUUUACUUUAUCUCAGUUUUAAGCUGAAGUUCUUUUUACAUGUAUAUCAUUAUUCAUCAUCGUCAUUGUCCAUUCCUUGUUAUUAAUGCUUAUUUUAUGAAGACUUCAGCUGAUUUUAUGUUAGGUACUUUCUUUCUUUGUAUAAAGGAUUUAUCAUAUUAGAGCUACAUGCACAUGACACAGUGAAGUCCACCCUAUGGUGAUUUGCUUUUUUUUUUUCGGUAAGACAAAUACAAAUGUGUAAAUUGAAA